AUGCAUGCUAAAGUAGCAUCUUGUGGAUGCCCUUUCGAAGAUGGAUACGAGCUGCUUGACAAUCCGAAAUUGUGCGUUAAGGCUUUCGGGGACAAGAAACCAAUAGAAGAAGCACGCAAGAUUUGCCAAGAUUCGGGAGCCAUGUUGAUCGUUUCAGACACGGAUGAGAAAAAUACGGCUGUCAGUGAAUAUGUCAGGAAAACAUUAGGGACAACCAGCUAUUUCAUUGGUUUGACAGACGAACGGACCGAGGGCAUGUAUAUCUGGGAGAACGGAAACGUCCUUACUUUCUCAAAGUGGUCUUAUAGUCAACCUGACAAUAAAAAAAACCGAGAUUGCGUAAUGGCUACACCAAGCAGUUGGAUUAGCUUUAUUUGCAACUCUCCAAGAGCAUUCGUUUGUGAGAAACAAAUCUGAACAUUCCAGCCACAUGUUCGACUAACCUCUGUCUUAAAGAUUUUUCAAAAUUACCCAAAAGUUUACUUUGUUUAAGGACACCACUAGAGCACAUUGAUUAAUUAAUCAUUGGCUAUUGGAUGUCAUAUAAUUGGUAAUUCUGACCCGCAGUCAUUCAUCAGCAGAGACGUUUUUCUUCUAAUGCAGAAAAGGAUCUUUUAUAUGUAUUUUCCUAUAGACAGGAAUGGCAUUUGACCAGUUGUGUUGAAUGGGUUGGAACGAGAGAAAAAACCCACAAUCAAA